AUGAUGGUUGCUACUUUGACGAGAGUGAUGAGAAAGAACACAUCAACAAUGCUUUCCAAUCUAAGCAAUAGUUCGUCUCUUCCUAUAAAUACCAAAUCCCAAAUCCUCUCACCACAUCCAUACACUUUUCUUUCUUGCAUUCAUCCAAGAUUACCCAACAAGAAGCAACUCCCAACUUCUGGUUACCGAAUUCACAGAAAUUCUUCUAAUCGAGUACUUCCGGUGGUGGUAUCAUUCAAGAGAAGCGUAGAGAAAGGUGAGGAGAUGACGAUCAAACCUGGUGUUAGAGUUUCGGAGGGGAAGCUGGUGGUGAAGGGGAAGACGAUUCUGACGGGGAUGCCGGAGAAUGUGGUGGAGACAUCAACGAUGGAAGGAAUGUUCGUGGGAGCUGAUUUCGAGAAGGAAGAUAGCAGACACGUGGUUUCGCUGGGAACUUUGAAGGAUGUUCGGUUCAUGGCGUGCUUCCGGUUCAAGCUGUGGUGGAUGGCCCAAAAAAUGGGAGAUCAAGGGAGGGAUAUUCCCUUGGAGACGCAAUUUCUGCUUGUGGAAACCAAAGACGGGUCCCACCUCGAGUCACAAAACGACGACAACAACAACAACCAGAUCGUGUAUACAGUUUUUCUACCUCUUAUUCAAGGCUCGUUCAGGGCGUGCCUCCAGGGGAAUUCCGACGAUCACCUCCAGCUCUGCCUCGAGAGCGGCGACGCCGACACCAAAGCGUCGUCGUUCACCCACGCGCUCUUCAUCAGCGCCGGCACCGACCCCUUCGCCACCAUUCACAACGCCUUCCGCGCCGUCAGGAGCCACCUCAACACGUUCCGCCUCCGCCACGAGAAGAAGCUCCCCGGCAUCGUCGACUGCUUCGGCUGGUGCACGUGGGACGCCUUCUACCAAGAAGUCACUCAGGAAGGAGUCGAGGCCGGAAUCCAGUCCCUCGCCGCCGGCGGAACGCCGCCGAAAUUCGUCAUCAUCGACGACGGCUGGCAGUCCGUCGGCACCGACGAGAAACAAAACACGGAUUCGAACUCGGAGUCGUCGCUGCAGAGGCUGACAGGGAUAAAAGAGAACGCGAAAUUCAAAAACAAAGAGGAACCUGAAUUAGGGAUUAAGAACAUCGUGGACAUAGCGAAAAAGAAGCAUGAAGUAAAGCACGUGUACGUUUGGCAUGCGAUUACCGGUUAUUGGGGCGGGGUUCGUCCAGGAGUGAAGGAAAUGAAGGAGUACGAAUCUGUGAUGAAGUACCCGAACGUGUCGAACGGAGUGAGGGAGAACGAGCCAACGUGGAAAACGGACGCGCUUGCUGUUCAUGGUUUGGGGCUUGUCAACCCUAAGAAGGUGUUCACGUUUUACGACGAGUUGCACAGCUAUCUGGCGUCCGCGGGUGUAGACGGCGUUAAGGUGGACGUGCAGUGCAUUUUGGAGACUCUGGGCGCGGGGCUUGGAGGCAGGGUGGAACUGACCGCACAGUAUCACCGCGCCCUCGACGCUUCCAUUUCUAGAAACUUCCCUGAUAACGGUUGCAUCGCGUGCAUGAGCCACAACACGGACGCGCUCUACUGCUCCAAGCAAACCGCAGUGGUGAGGGCCUCCGAUGACUUCUACCCGCGCGAUCCGGUGUCGCACACGAUCCACAUUGCGUCCGUGGCGUACAAUAGCGUUUUCCUCGGGGAGAUUAUGUUACCCGAUUGGGAUAUGUUUCAUUCGCUUCAUCCUGCUGCGGAGUACCACGCUUCCGCCAGAGCCAUCAGCGGUGGGCCCCUCUAUGUGAGCGAUGCGCCUGGGAAGCAUGACUUUGAGGUCCUUAAGAAGAUGGUUUUGCCUGAUGGGUCGGUGCUUCGGGCCCGUCUCCCUGGGAGGCCCACUAAGGACUGCUUGUUUACCGACCCGGCCCGUGAUGGAGUGAGUUUGCUGAAGAUAUGGAACAUGAACAAGUAUGGAGGGGUGUUGGGAGUGUACAACUGUCAAGGUGCUGCGUGGAGUGCUACUGAGAGGAAAAACGCCUUCCACCACACGGAUUCCGCCGCCAUCACAGGCUAUGUUAGGGGUUGCGAUGUUCAUUUAAUCGCGGAGGCUGCUGUGGAAGCUGAAUGGAACGGUGAUUGCGCUCUCUACUCUCACCACUCUGGCCGGCUCGUUAUUCUUCCGCACAAUGUGGCUCUGCCGGUGUCGCUUAAGGUGCUGGAGCACGAGGUGUUCGCUGUUGCGCCGGUUAAGGUUUUUGGUUCUGGAUGCAGUUUCGCACCUAUUGGACUUGUGAACAUGUUUAAUGGGGGUGGCGCCAUUGAGGGGCUGGUCUAUGAGGUGGUGAAUGGGGAGGGGUUGGUUCGUUUGGAGAUAAAGGGGUGUGGUAAGUUUGGGGCUUAUUCGUCGGUGAGGCCAAGUCGGUGUUUGCUGGGAAACAACGAGGUGGAUUUCGAUUACGACGCUGAUUCCGGCUUCCUGACCUUCAACAUAGAUCGUUUGCCACAAGAAGGACACAGGGUUCACGUGGUUCAGUUGGUUUAUAGUCUAUCUUGUUAGUUCGUUGCUAGUUAGUUGUCAUGUUAGCUUACACGUGUUGAAUUAUAGAGGAAGGGGACAAUUGGAGAGGAGAGGGUUUUGAACGAUCAAUAAUUUCCCCCUUGUGAUAUUUCAGUUUAUUACACGAGCUACCUACCUGUGUUUUGGAAUUUGGAUGGAAAUUGAAUACAUGUUUCUAAUCGCGGUUUUAUCUUUUGUUGCUUAAA